AUGCGCGUCGCCGCUUCUCCGCCCCGUCCGCAUUGUUGGCACCCCUCGCGCCUUCCUUUCCCCGAGCCGCUGAACAUCGUUCCCCACUCGCAUCAGGGUGUGAUGGGCAAGGUGCUCAAAGCCGCGGACGCCGGCGAGAACGCGCUGCUGGAGUCGCCCACGGGAUCCGGCAAGUCUCUCGCCCUGCUGUGCUCAGCCCUCGCGUGGCAGGAACGGUGGAAGAGGGACAACCUCGGCGUAAAGUUCGGCGUUAAUAACGUCAAGGUUGACGACGAGGGAUGGAUCGUGCCCUCCUCCGGCGACCCGCCCGCCCUCGAAGACAAGGAAAACGACGCCGGGUCCGCAAACGACAAGAAACCGCCCAAGGUUCCCCGCGUCUAUUACGCCACGAGGACGCACUCGCAGAUCCAGCAGGUGGUCCGCGAGCUGAAGCGCACGGCGUACCGGCCCGCCAUGGUCGUGCUGGGCAGCCGCGACCACUACUGCAUACACCCCUCGGUGCGCAAGAGGGGCCGGAACAUCAACGACGAAUGCAAGCAGCUGCUCGAGCGCGGCGUACGCGGCGGCGGCGGGGGCGGUGAUGCAUCGGGCGCGCCGUCAUCGGGUGAGGACACCGGCCGGGGGUGUGGGUACAGCCACGGCGCCAUGAAACUCGCGGGUAACGUCUCGAGACAAGGCGCGGAACCCCUCGACAUCGAGGAUCUGGUCGUCGCCGGUAAAAAAUCUCGAGCAUGCCCUUACUUUGCCGCCAAGCACGCGGCGGAGGGAGCCGAGCUCGUGUUUUGCCCGUACAACUACCUGCUCGACCCGGCGGUUCGGUCCGCGAUGGACAUAGACGUCAAGGGCGCGAUCGUGAUACUGGACGAGGCGCAUAACGUGGAGGACACGAGCAGAGAGGCGGCGAGUUGCGACAUCGAUCUGGAGCGCCUCGAGGAGGCGGCGGCGGCGUUUGCCGGCGUCGCCUCCAAUUCCGGCGGUGACGGCGAGGGGCGCUCGAACGAACCCGACACUACUGACACGCACGCCGUCCUGGGCGGGAUCGUGGCGAACGUGGCGCGUUGGCUCCGCGGCGCGUCCGACCUGGACCACCCGCGCUGUCCGCUCCGUCCGCACGGCUUUGAGCGUUGGAUGGCGGUUUGGUCCGGGGGAUCCGCGGUGGCGCGGCAGAUGCGAGACAUGGGCCUCGACCCCGCGUCUGUCGCCGCCGCCGAGGAGGCCAAACGGUCGGUGGCGAAGGAGGCGAACGACGCCAAGACCCCGGCGGAUCGGCGCGUCAGCGGAGCGGCGCUGAAGACGGCGGAGACGCUGCUCACGUCGGCGAGGUACGCGCUUCACGGCUAUCGGGGCGGGCCUUCCGGGGGCCCCGUCGCGGGCGCGGUGCACGACUACCGCCUCGUGAUUCAAAAAUCCUUCAAGGACGCGCCCGGUAGUGACGGUGAACGGGAUGUUGCCGUGACCCUUUCGCUGUGGGCGCUCAACCCCGCGCUCGCGUUUAACGACCUCGCGGGGCCCGGAGGCGCUCGAUGCGUGGUUUUAACCUCCGGGACGCUGGCUCCGUUGUCAUCCUUCGCGUCGGAGCUCGGGGUUUCGUUUCCGAUUCGGAUGGAGGCGCCGCACUGCGUGGACGUUCACAAGCAGGUGUGGGCGGGGGCGGUGGGCGUGGGUCCCGCGGGCGCACAGCUGUGCGGCACGUUCAAGACGGCGGCUGAGUUUGCGUACCAGGACGACCUCGGAAACGCGCUUCGAGAGUGGUGCCGCGACAUUCCGCACGGCGUUCUCGUGUUUUUCCCGAGUUAUUCGCUGUUGGACAGGGUGACGCAGCGGUGGAAGAGCACCGGAGCGUGGAAGGCGUUGGAGCAGGCGACGGGUAAGAAGAUGUUCCAGGAGCCCAGGGGUAACGAGCAGCCGCACCACGCCGAAGCCGGCGGGAGAGGGGGCGGGAGCCGCGGCGGCGGAAGGGGGGGUCGGGCAGGAAGCCGCGGGGGUAAAACCACGCAAGGAGGAUCCGAGAAUGCGCUCGACGCGAUGCUCGCGAGGUACUACAGAGCCGUGCGCGCGUCAGUCGCCGCGGCGCCGCACGCGCACGCGCCCGCGCCCGAGUCCCACCCGGCUCGCGGCGCGGUUUUGUUGGCGGUGGUUCGGGGUAAAGUUUCCGAGGGGAUCGAUUUCGCCGACGCCAACGCGAGGGGGGUAGUGGUCGUCGGGGUGCCGUACCCCAACGUCAAAGACAAGCGCGUGGAGCUCAAGCGGCUGUACAACAACGAGGGCGUGUCACGCGGGUUGCUCUCGGGCGACCAGUGGUACUCGCAGCAGGCGUUUCGAGCGUUGAACCAGGCUGUGGGCCGGUGCCUGCGACACAGAAACGACCACGGCGCCAUCCUGUUGGCGGAUGAGCGGUACCUGCGGGACGACAUGACGCGCCACCUGCCCAAGUGGCUCAGACCCGCCAUGCGCAAGUGCGCCGGGUUCGAGGACUCCAGACGGGGUUUGCGGAGCUUUUUCGCGAUGCACGCGAGGGAGCCGCCGCCGGUUCAGCCGGAGGAGCCCGCCGCUCUGAAACCAUCCGUCGCCGCGGGAAGGUCGGCUCCGGAGAGGAAGCAAAGACCAUCGGCGGCGCCCAAGAAGACCCUCGCCGUGGACGAGGAAGACGAAGCUGGCGCGGGCGUCGGCGGAGACGCGAAACAGAAGGACAUUCGCUCGCUGUUUGCGCCCGUCGGCGCGGUUCAACCGCUGGCAACUGCGCAACCACCGCCCCUCGGUCCCCUCGAGCACCAGAUUCCGAUCACGCUCGCGGAGGAAGAGGCUGAGCAGCGAGGCGGCGAGCGGCGAGCGUGGCGUCCGGCUCCGGUACCGCCCCCGUGUACGACGACGACGACGACGACGACGAGCGAGCUCACCGAACCGCCGACGCAGACGGCUCAGACGGCUCGAGAAGACGGAACGACUCCCGCCGCUUUGGCUCCCGCGGCGGGCGGCGCCUCGCUCGCGGGCGCUCCUCAUCAUCGGGACUCCGCGGCGUCCGUGAGCGACGGGUGGGGCGACGAGUGGGACGACGCGUGGGGCGCGAGCCCCGGGACGCAAGGUUUCGGCGCGAGGGGUUGGGGCGCGACGCAGCAGUUUGUCAGCAUCCAGCGACCUCCGCCGCCUCCCCCGCCUCCCCAGUCUCGGACGAUUGCGGCGGCGGCGAGCGACGUCAUGCCUCCGCCGCCGCCCCGGCUGUCGACGCAGCCGUCGUCGGGACCUAGCCCGACGCCCGAUGCGACGAGUCACAGGGCGAGGGAUGCGGCUGCCGCGAUUCUCGGGACUCGCGUAGGAACGCCCGGUCCGAAUCUUGAUCCGCGUCGGGUGCAGAGUCUGGGCGCCGAGAAGAGCUCGAUGGACGACGAUAAGAGCUCGAUGGACGCCGAGGAUACCGAGCAGCGACUCGACUUUCCGGAGUACGACGCCAUCGCCGGGACCCAGGCUGAACCCGACCAGCCGGAGCCGGAGCCCGACGUGCCCGGAAGCGAGCACGGAAGCGAGCCCGGAAGUUCCGGGCCCGCGUACGCGUGUCCCUCCUGCGGAUGCGCCGUGCUGGGCCCCGGCGGUAUCCUCGGCGCGACGCGUACACGGGUCGAUCUGAGCUACCUCACCACGCUGCUCGAGUCCAACCCCGGCGGGUUCACGCCGUCGGAGGAUGACGAAGCGUUUGGGCCGAGGACGUGCGUGGUGAGCCGCGCCGACACCUCCGCCGCGAGGACUACGUGCGCGCAGCCGGUGAAGAUGGCGGAUGCGGGAAUCGAACCCUCGAACCCACAAACCCACGAAUCGAACCGUCACCGAUCGAACCAUCGUGCUCGAUCCCUGCCCCCCACCCAAUCCCGGAGCGCGGUCCCGGAGCCCAACUGGGCAGGGGACUGCGCCGGGGCGUGGGUGCCCCAGGACGGCUGCUACUACGUCCCGUUGGCGUGUCGAGGUUUGUGGGUCGGAGCGCGGGUCGAGGCGGCGGAUCACGAGCACGCGCACCUCGCCGGGUGUACCCUCCUCCUGGAGGACGCCCUGGCGCCGCCCGCGUUGAAAGGAGGCGACGAGAAGGAGGACUCGGCGGAGGAGGAGUGCAGGAGCUCGCCGCGGGACCGACCAAACGGCGACGACGAGGAUGACGACGAGGAUGACGACGAGGAUGACGACGAGGAUGACGGGGACGAGGAGGAGGUUGCGGAGGGCAUCUCGAUCGACGACUGCAGGGUCGGGACCUGGGUCGAGGUGCACAACGGCGGCACCGAGCGCGAGAACUGGCGCGGGCGCAUCGCGUCCGUGGACCCGGCGUCGGACAGGCCCGUCGCGGUCCGGUGGCUCAGUCGCACCCGCGACGGGUUUUUCACCUUUCGAGGCGGAUCGCACUCGGUGGAAGUCGAGACGCUCGUGGAGCUGGGCGAUCGCAUGUUCCACCCUUGUGUGAAGGCGGCGAGGAAAGCGGGCUGCGCGGGAACACGGGACGGACCCGGGGGUACGGGGCGGGACCGCGGUGGCGGGGGACCCGGCGGCGGGGAGCGUGAGGUGUUCUGCAUGGCGAGGGAGUGUCGCUGCGGGCGCGAGUCGACUGCGCCGGCGGCGACCGACGAAACGGACGAGGAAACGGCGAUGGGGACGGGGACGGGGAAACGGCGGAGGAUCCGUCGGUACGCGAGCUUGGAGGCUUCGCAGAGGCGUAGACGAUGA